UUCAGCUCAGCUCGGUUCGGCUCAGCCUCAUAUCGGAUCUCCGUGUUUCGAGGCAAAAACCGUUCUUCAAUUUUCUCGUCGCGGAUCUCCUCCGAUCCGAUAGUCUCGGCUGUCGAGACCAACGGGAGAAGAUCCGGCCGAGUACCGAGUGACGAAUCGCGAGGAACGCCGUGCGUAUCGUUCGUUUCUUCGUUCGUUCGUUCCUACUGUUUACUGAUCUUUCCACGGCGUUUCUAGAGUGGUGCGUAGUUUGCAACGUCGCUGACGUACACGGAGGGAUCAUGGGAUCGACGUGUCACCUGACGUUGGCGAUCGUCCUGUUCUUCCAAUCGAGCCUGCUGAACGCCCAUCGUGAACAUAAGGUUCACAACAUCGUGCUGUACCCGGACAAGCACAGUUGGUGCAAGACAACCCCCAUCAAGCAGGUGGUUACCUGGCCGCAAUGUUCUUCGCAGGAAUUGGACAACAACGUGUGCGUCGGAGCUUGUUUCUCGUACAUGGUGCCCCAUAGCGAACCGUCCGCUCCCGGUGACCUGAUAAGACCUUAUUGCGACUCUUGCCAACCUUUGGACAGCGUCUGGCACACGGUUACGCUGGACUGCAAGGACGAGAAGAAUAAGCCGAUAACGAUGCAGAAGAAGGUUCAAAUCAUCACCAAUUGCUCGUGCAGCUCCUGCAUGGAGACUUCCAGGAUAAAGCCGGAUUACAACACAUUACUUCAGUCGUUGACGGAGGAAAAUUUGGACAAGAACGUGAACGUAGUUCAUGAAACACCGGAUCUAUUACUGGAUCCCAACUUAAACGUCUCGAAGAACACUACCAAAGACGGUGUCCAGUCCAACGAGAGAUUCUUGCAGUUCAAGCAGCUGAAGGACUCGGUGAAAUUGGACGAGUCCGACGCUAAGGAAGUGUUUUCGAAAUUCGAGGAAGUAGAUCUGACCAAGUUGAGAGAGAUGUUAGAGAAGAAAUACAGUCAAGAGGAGGAGAAGGAACACUCGCAUCAGCACCAGCAUCAACAUCAGCAUCAGUCGUCCGGGAAGCAGCAGCAACAGACACCGCAACUGCAGCAGCAGCAGCAACAACAUCACUCGACGACUACGAUGCUUCAUCGAGGACCUCAUCACUCGAUAGUGCUGGACUCUGACGUGAAGGAGAAGAUCGACGUGGAGCCUCAUUAUCUUCAUCCAGCUGUCGCUGGACAGGAAAUCAGUUACCACGAUGACGUGCUGGACAAGGACAAGAAGAAGGAUUUCUGAAGGGGGACAUAUGUCUUGCGAAGAAAUCGCGUGGUCGGUUCACUUCUUAACUGUCGGACCGAUUAGAAAGUUGAUAGACGUUAUUGAUACACAGAUGGACGAAAUCGUUUCUUUUUUCCUGUUUCGUUGACAAUCAUUCGCAUUUACCUAGUCCAGUCUGCAAUAAAUUACUUGGUUCGCUGUAAAUAGAUCAGAACCUUCAUUUUUUUUAUUCUUUUCUUUUUUGUCUUUUUUCAUAGAAUAAAGAAUGACACUUUGCACCAUUCUUUGAAAAGCGAGGGAUUGCUUUCCAAGACUAACUUCCUGAUCGGCGUUGAGAACGAAAUGAGGAAUGGACGAAAAGAAAAGGGGGAGAGAGUGAGAGAUAAAUUUUAAUAUAUAUUUAAUUAUUAUUAUAUUAAUUAACUAUUUAACGGUCGAGCGCCUAAUAAAGAAAUCUGCGUUCUGUUUAAAACUACCUUUUAACUAGCACAACUGACAAUAAAUCAUUGUGAACGUCUAAAGACGUUUUAUCUUGUUGACUGCUUUUUAAAGCAUACAUUGUAUCCAGUGUCUCGCAGAGAAUAAACAAAGAGUCGGCAAAGA